CUCUGACAGACGCACUCUUGAUGCCUUAACAAGUUUCCGAUUUUCCAAAAAAACGUUUUUUGGUGGAAUUCUUCAAGCCUUGUGACCCCCAGCCAUGCAAAAUCAGUAUCCUUCGCCCGAGCCACUUCCUGGUGGCUGGAGCCCCGCCAACUAGCGCAAUUACUCCAAGUGACGGCCUGGCAACAGCGCUUCCCUCCAUUCCAGUUUCCAACAUUUUUAUCAUACCCAGAGGUUAUCUAUUACCACACCGAAAAGAAGAUGUUUUUUAAGCAGUUUCAGCCCGUUAAUUGAAUAAUAUUCCAAAGGCAAAUCGCGCAGCACUCGCGUCAUGUGCUAACGCGAAAUCCCUGCGCAUAGAAGUGAACUCGGUGACCCGUCGGUGACCAAAUCAUAUGACUUGAAUGCACGUGAUAUUUACUGUGUGAGUGGACUUUUUCUGGCAUCAGGCAAGGCGAAAUUCGUGCUGCUCGUAAAUGAUUCUGAUCAGUGAGGGCUCGCUGAUAUGGCCCUAUUCAACAAACUAUUCUCGAACCGGAGGGGCACACACAAUAAGCACCAAGAGAAUGUCAGUGAGAAAUUUUUUGCAUUUAGUAAGGACCAAGUACGAGUCGUGUUAUUCAGAGAAUGUGACUUCCGCGGCCGUAAGCUUUUAUUCGACUCAAGCUCCGUCAAAAAAGUACCCAUCAAUGUUACGAAAACAGGCGAAGCCAUCAAAUCGGAAAACGAAAAAUAUUCCGAAAUAUCGGACGGUUACGGCUAUGUGUACACAAAACCUGAACCCGACUUCAGCCAGCUUGCCGAGAUGGUUUUCGGUUCGGUAGCGAUGAGUUUUAGGGGAACGUCGUUCAAAAUGCAUAGCUUGGAGUCUCCGAACAGACUAAUGUUCACACAGGUGUUUUCUAGUCCUCGUCUCGCAAACCAUGGUCGAGUUUCCAUUUCUAGUCGUAGUGAUGCUCAUAGCCUCGAACAUUCCAAAUUAGACGAUUCGGGCGCCAGUAGUACGAAUUCCAUGAGUGAACACUUGUCAGUACACAGUACAGCCUCAGACACCGUUUUAGUUUGCAGACGGCCUCAGAGCGUCCCAUUGGACGUGCCAGUCUCCAACAGUGUAUCCAUGUCAAUCCCCAGCUUAAUCGGCGAUUCCGGCUACAGUUACUCGUUUAACAACCUAACAGCAGGGCCCCCAUCGUCCUGGGGCUCAAUUUAUGGUGAUAAUGGUAGUUCCAAAUCGUUGUCUUGUAGCAGCUUGUACAAACGUUGGUUGCGUCGGACGAGCACAUCUCUGGAAAACUCUGGCCAGUCUCUGGCCAAUUCCGUGCAAGAGGGGGAUCACGUGAGACACCAUCGCAGCAGCAAACUGGGUCUGGCCCUCAUCCUGCGGCUCACAUCAGGACAGGAAGAGGAGCUGGGCCAGUUCCUGAUGGAGCACAUCUCUCUCGUGGAGUCAAUGCUGUGGCGGGCGCGCCAAGUCGUCGAAAUCGCCUACAUCAAGUCGCAGAAUUUCGCCUCGUUGAUGGUCGAAUUGGCGAACAUCUCGGCCCAGUACCUAGUCAAUCUGCUCUCUGGUUCUUACCUUUCCAUGAAUUUGUGGCUGUCGCUGUCAAAUGGCUGUGAUAAUUACAACAGUAUUAGUGCAUUUAGUGAUAAGAGUUUAGUUUGGUGUGACAGGGAUUUGAGUUGCUCGACCAGUUCGGUUAGUUCCUGUGGGAGUGCACUCAAGGAGGCGGACACUAGUGGCGAUUUUCACUUGUUCAAUUUCGCGAAGUUUCUAAAGACGGACCCGUUUAAUAUUAAGAAGAAUUUUUUUGGCGAAAACAGGAUUAUUACAGCCGAGAGGUUCGUGCAGGAUUUUUGCGAGCUGCUGGAAGAUAUCGACAUUAAGGACACUAACUUCUUCAUGAGUACUCUUCUGACCGCAGUUCUGACAUAUCACUUGGGGUGGGUCAACACCUGCUUGCCCUCGACCGGCGACACGUCGCAGCCCAGACACCCCUUCAACCCCUUGUGGGGCGAACUAAGCGAUCUCUUCGGGGCCGUGGGCCACCCGACCAAGACUGCCCAAACCAUAAUCACCGGAACGAAUAAGAAAGAUCUGAUUUCGAAGCUGUUAGUUUCAAUGACCUAUUUUAUCCGCUGCUGUGACGUAGACAGGAGAGUCCCGAUCCGUGCCGACGUCCACGAGGAGAACAAAACUGUGGAGAAAAUCUGUCGGGAAUAUUCGUGCAUUCCAAAAGAGAAUUACAAAAAGUACGAGGAUCACCUGAAGGAGAUCAUGAACUGCAACAAGGAAUUUUUCGCAAAGUGUCACAACAACAACAAUUCGUGCAAAAGUGGCGAGUUGGAGGUGUCCUUCAAAGACUCUGCGUUUAUUAAGACACAUACGUGCCUAGGGGACUUGUCCAAGUUAGCCGAAGAGGAUUCCUCCGAGUGUGUGUAUCCAGAACCGAACUUUAAGCCUUUGUAUCCUUCACUACGGGCUGUGAAAAUCGAAGAAUCGCCCACCGACUCGGUCUCAUGUCCUCCAAGCACCGACGAAAUUGUGAAAAAAGUCAACACGUUGUGUCGCGUCCCCAAAAGCUCGGUCCUCUCCCAGUUGGAUAAACAAAAAAAUUACGCCACGAUCGUCAGCAUGGAAAAACAAAUGCGAAGCGAUGACUUCGAACCGAAACCGCCCACUUCGGACAACGUCGUGUUCGUGUUAGGCGACAACGAACAGCUAAUCGGGAUAAAGAAGCGCCCCUCAUUCUUAGACCUGUCCAAGCAAAUUCGCGACUCAGACUUUGUGGAAAACACGGACAAGUCGUUGGUCAAACCGAGCACCUCGUGGUCCACUCGCGUGGAGAAGGAGAUCGGGGAAUCACAGAAAACGUGCGACACUCGGAAAAAAUACCCGCGCUCGCAGAGUGAACCCCCGGAAGACCGGAAGCUGGACGAGGCGAAAAAUCAGUCGAAGUAUCGCUAUUCCGGGGUCAAAUUCACCCUACAGCAGUACCCCCAGAUUUUGUCAAAUUACAUGAAGAGCAAAAACGUGGAAAUCUCCAAUUUGCAGUUCGGCGAUAAGAGUUUGAAGCUUGACGAUUUGUCCCAACUGAGCGACACGAUUAUUUCGAAGUAUCCCGAGCUGGACGAGGACUACGACGAGGGCGAGGCCCUGCAGACGCCCUCCAACGCCUCCGAGCUGGAGUUCACGAGUGAUUUGUUCGUCCCCUCGUCCGCGAAACAGACGAAGGAGUCGAACGUGGAGCCGCCCAAUCAGCAUGUGCCAAAUACGACCACGAAUUGUGAUGAGAUGAAGACUAAGCGUAAAAUUUCGAAUAGUUGCUCAGUUUAUAAGAUGAAAGUUACGAAUCUGCCGAUGCCAAAGUCUAAGUUUUACAAGCCGAUGAUUAGUCCUAUCAGAUAUACGUCGUCACUGAUGAGGGCAGCUAGUGAUAGUUACAUGCCGGACAUGGUGUUGCAAGGACCAGUGGUGCCGAGGCAGAACUGGGAGGCGAAACUGAAGAGUGAUUUGGCUUUGGCGAGCCAACAUUCCCUCAUUGAUCAGCCGGUUGAGGAGGCUGUGGCCGUUAUUGCCAACACGGACACUUGGGAGGUGCAGCUCAUGUCGAGUCACACGUUCCUCAUUGACAAGGGAUCGUCAGGGAUCAGGAUAGGCAUGUCUCAGUUGGUCUCAAAUAUGUUGGAGUCGUUGCUCCAGAUGUGGAAACUCAAAGUCCCCCCACAUUUCUGUCUCAUGCACAUUGAGCAGACGCUUCAAGAACUUUGCAUACGAUCCAAAGCUCUCGCCGAGUUGCUUUUAGCCACAGAAUUCUGCAACAUGGAACAGCUGACAUCCGCUCUCCAGUUGGAAGUCAACGACGUACCUCUUUUACUGGCUGUGGCUUCGACGCAUUCGCCACAAGUGACACAAAAAUACGGCCUCAGUUUUCAGUAAUUUUAUUGUCAGUAUAAUCUAUUCUUUAUAUUGUAUUUAUUUUGUAUAUAGUGGCAUUUUUUAAUUUAUAUGGAAUAAAGUUACUGUUCACUA